AUGUCCGACAUGGCUACCUGGAAGUCAAACUCGACGGGAGGAACGUCCUCGAGUCAGCACAGCAAGGCUAGCACUCUCUUUGGGCUCGAUGAGGAGGACAAAACCAAUAUCCUCGUCUAUAGAUAUCGCUCGGGCUGCAAAGCGCUCGAGGUUUCCACGCAGCGCGAUCUGUGUCGCGAGCUGGAUGCCGACCCACAACUGCCUUUCAUGCGCGUCACCAAGAAGGAGAUUCCUCGAGGCAACAGCCGGUUAGAAAUUCGCACAGAGGACCUACUUUUGCCUGAGGACCUCGAGCGAAAUCGCGACAAGCCUACACUCAAGUCAUCACUCGCGAACGUGGGCCUGCCAUCGACCGCAUAUUGGAAACGCUUGCUCUUCAACUCGUUUCCCGAACUCUACAUCGUCUCCCGCUCCCCAACAACAAGUCCGGCGAGUUCCAAGAACAACUCGCCUGAGAGCUCACAGCACGUGAGCCCCUCCACGACUUUUCCUGUCGAUACGCCACAUCCCUUGCAGGACCCGACACAGUCGUGA